AUGGCGGACCCAAAUAAUGUUGCGCAGUACAAAUACUCGGCGAUGUCCAACCUGGUUCUCCAGGCGGAUCGCCGGUUUGUCACUCGCCGUACUGAUGAAGUUACAGGCGACCCAGAGUCCCUGGCUGGCCGCCUCAGCAUCAAAGAUAUGGGAGCCCAGGCGAUGCGCCCAGAAACCUCGAAGCAAAAGAAGGCUGGCGCGCCGAAAGAUAUCGAACGUGGAGGUAUAAGAGAAGGUGCCGAUGUCUUGAAACGAGAGCAGCGCAAGAGGAAGCGAGGAGAGCAAGCACAGCUUCGAGGUGUUGGGAUUCUAUCCGCCGCAGACGCCCUCGUUGAAGGUCUUAAAUACCGACCGCGCACAGCUGCGACUAGGGCUACAUAUGAUUUAAUAUUGACGACCACAGCAAACCAUCUUGGUGAUGUUCCACAUGACGUUAUUCGAAGUGCUGCCGACGCCAUAUUAGAACUCUUAAAGGACGAGAACAUGAAGGAUUUUGAUAAGAAAAAAGAAGUGGACGAUUUAUUGGGAGUUUCUAUGGGGCCAAAAGAAUUUAAUGAGCUAGUAAAUCUUGGAAAGAAAAUCACUGAUUACGAUGCUCAAGAUGAUGACGAGGCGAACGAAGGUGGUGCAGAAGGGGAAGAUGGGGCCGAGUUAGACGAACGCCAGGGCGUUGCUGUUGUAUUCGACGAAUCUGAUGAAGAUGAAGACGAAAUGCGGCCUGAUGCAGAGGUUAGAGACGAGGAUGAGAGUAGUGAAGGAGAAGAUAUGUCUGAUGGGGAGGGUCGAACCGGCGAGGGCGAGGGCGCCGAGGCCGCACCUGCAGACGACAUGAUGGGCAUGGGAGACGACGAUAUGAUCAUUGACGGAGGAGCCGGGGCCACCGCUGAAAAAUCAAAAGGCAGCGCUACUAUUGUACCCGCCCGGGAGAUUGAUGCAUACUGGCUACAACGACAAAUUGGAGGUAUCUACUCCGACGCCCAUAUACAACAUGAGAAAGCCCAGGAAGCCUUCGCAAUAAUGAGUGAGCAGUCGGAGGAGGGUGUGCCGAAGCCUUUACGAGACGUUGAAAACGACCUGAUGGAACUCUUCGACUACGACCAUCCAGAACUUGUUGGAACUCUAGUUUUCAAUCGUGAUCGGAUUGUUUGGACAACCAAAUGGCGAAGGGAAGCGGAAGAUACCGAUGCUAGACAUCUUGUGGAAAAUCAAAUGAUAGAAAACGGACAUCGGCAGCUACUAGAUGAACUCACGGGCAAAGUCAGGGACACCGCCUCGGACCGCCCUGGGAAAAAGAUGAAAGUAGACCUGAUGGACAUAGAUGUUCCGGCCGCCGUGAAAACAGAGGAAACCGAAGCCAAACCAAGGAACUUCGUUGGUGGACUUCCUCCAUCCAAGGUUAUCAAUCUUGAGAACUUGGUGUUCGACCAAGGGAAUCAUUUAAUGACUAACCCCAAUGUCAAACUCCCUCAGGGCUCUACGAAACGAACCUUCAAGGGUUAUGAGGAGAUUCACGUUCCUGCCCCUAAACCCAGACGUGACGAUGAUAUCCGGAGGAUUCCAAUUACUGAACUUCCGGACUGGUCCAGACCUGGUUUCGGUACUACCGAGAAACUGAAUCUUAUUCAGUCAAAAUGUUUCCCAACGGCGUUCAACGAUGAUGGUAAUAUGCUCAUUUGCGCCCCAACCGGAUCCGGUAAAACCAAUGUAGCUAUGCUUACGAUGCUUCGUGAGAUUGGCAAAAACAGAAAUCCAGAAACUGGCGAGAUCAUGCUUGAUGACUUUAAAAUUAUCUACAUUGCCCCCUUGAAGGCCUUGGUUCAGGAGCAAGUAGGGAACUUUGGAAAACGCCUUCAACAUUACGGCAUCCGUGUUUCUGAGCUUACUGGCGAUCGUCAAUUAACCAAACAACAAAUCGCAGAUACCCAGGUUAUUGUCACAACCCCAGAAAAAUGGGAUAUUAUAACCAGAAAAGCAACCGACACGAGUUAUACUCGGCUGGUUAGGCUCGUCAUCAUUGAUGAAAUCCAUUUACUCCACGAUGAGCGAGGUCCUGUGCUGGAAAGUAUCGUGAGCAGGACGAUACGAAAAACAGAGCAAACCGGAGAACCAGUCCGAUUGAUCGGGCUUAGUGCAACUCUACCCAAUUAUCGCGAUGUUGGCAGUUUCCUCCGCGUUGAUCCUAUCAACGGCUUAUUUCAUUUCGACGGCACUUUUAGGCCCUGCCCCUUGAAGCAGGAGUUUAUUGGCGUUACAGACAAAAAGGCGAUCAAGCAACUGAAAACUAUGAACGACAUCUGCUACACAAAAGUCCUUGACCAAGUGGGUGCCCACAAGAAUCAAAUAUUGAUAUUCGUCCAUUCGCGAAAAGAAACUGUCAAAACCGCAAGAUACAUCAGAGAUAAAGCAGUCGAGAUGGAGACCAUAGGGCAAAUCCUGAGAAGUGAUGCUGCCAGCCGUGCUAUCUUGUCAGAAGAAGCGGAUUCGGUCAAUGACCCUGGGUUGAAAGACCUAAUGCCAUAUGGAUUUGGAAUCCAUCACGCUGGAAUGAGCAAGGCGGAUCGAACAUCUGUUGAGGAUCUCUUUGCCGAUGGUAGUUUGCAGGUUCUUGUCUGUACUGCUACUCUUGCAUGGGGUGUCAAUUUACCUGCUCAUGCAGUCAUUAUCAAGGGAACCCAAGUCUACUCCCCAGAAAAGGGUAGCUGGGUCGAACUUAGCCCUCAAGAUGUCCUUCAAAUGCUUGGACGAGCUGGUCGGCCUCAGUACGAUUCCUUUGGCGAGGGUAUAAUUAUCACAACUCAAGCAGAGUUGCAAUACUACCUCUCCCUCCUUAACCAACAACUCCCCAUUGAGAGUCAGCUUAUGAGUAAACUUGCCGAUAACUUAAACGCUGAAGUUGUUCUCGGAAAUGUCCGAACUCGUGAAGAAGGCGUGGAAUGGCUCGGCUACACUUACUUAUUUGUUCGAAUGCUUCGCUCGCCCGGUCUUUAUAGUAUUGGCGCCGACUAUGAACAUGACACCUCCCUUGAGCAGCGCCGUGUGGACCUCAUCCAUUCCGCAGCUAUGGUUUUGGAAAAGUCCAACCUCAUCAAAUACGAUAAGAAGACAGGCAAACUCCAGGCCACGGAGCUCGGGCGCAUUGCCUCUCAUUAUUACAUCUCGCACAGCUCCAUGCUCACAUAUAAUCACCAUUUACAGCCCAUGAUUUCCACUAUCGACCUCUUCCGCAUCUUCUCACUAAGUGAGGAGUUCAAAUAUAUCCCUGUCCGUCAGGAUGAGAAACUGGAACUUGCAAAGCUGCUGAGCAGGGUCCCCAUUCCUGUGAAAGAGAGCAUUGAGGAGUCCCAUGCCAAAAUCAAUGUAUUAUUACAGGCUUACAUUUCUCGCCUAAAGCUUGAUGGACUAGCUCUAAUGGCCGAUAUGGUAUAUGUUACUCAGUCCGCUGGCCGUAUUCUCCGCGCCAUCUUCGAGAUUACUCUGCGAAAAGGCUGGUCGUCCGUUGCAAAAACAGCCUUAGAUCUCUGCAAAAUGGCUGAAAAGCGGAUGUGGCCAACCAUGUCUCCUCUACGUCAAUUCCCAACAUGUCCACGUGACAUAUUACAAAAAGCUGAGCGUAUCGAUGUUCCAUGGACAAGCUAUUUCGACCUUGAUCCACCGCGCAUGGGAGAACUUUUAGGCAUCCCCAAGGCAGGCCGCAUCGUGUGCGAUCUUGUGUCAAAAUUCCCUAGGCUAGAGCUACAAGCUCAAGUGCAGCCAAUGACACGCUCGAUGCUCCGCGUUGAGCUGACCAUUACGCCCAAUUUUACUUGGGAUGAUUCACUCCACGGCAGCGCAGAAUCGUUCUGGAUUAUCGUCGAGGAUUGCGACGGUGAAGACAUUCUCUUCUAUGACCAGUUCAUUCUUAAGAAAGACUAUGCAACAUCGGAGAUGAAUGAGCAUUUGGUGGAAUUCACGGUCGCCAUCACGGAGCCCAUGCCACCCAACUACUUCAUAACACUACUCUCCGACCGAUGGACACAUUCUGAGACCAAGGUUGCCGUUGCCUUCCAAAAGUUGAUUCUCCCGGAGAAAUUUCCGCCACACACCCCACUCUUAGAUAUGCAACCAGUUCCAGUUAAGGCUGUUAGACGUGCUGAUUACCAAGGUCUAUAUCCCAACUGGCAAAACUUCAACAAAGUCCAGACUCAGGUUUUCAAAGCGUUGUUCGACACUAGCGACAAUGUGUUUGUUGGUGCGCCCGUGGGGAGUGGAAAGACGGUCUGUGCUGAGUUUGCCCUUCUCAGACACUGGUCCAGGGAAGACUCAAGAAAGGCCGUAUACAUUGCCCCCUUUCAAGAGCUUGUCGAUCAUCGACUUGCAGAUUGGACUGCCCGCCUGGCAGAUGUCGCCGGUGGUAAGUCAAUUCAGAAGUUGACUGGAGAAACCACAGCCGAUCUCAAGAUUCUCGACCGUGCAGACCUAGUCCUUGCUACGCCAAUUCAGUGGGAUGUCAUUUCCCGUCAGUGGCAGAGGCGGAAAAACGUUCAAGCAGUUGAACUAUUUAUCGCUGAUGAUCUCAACAUUCUUGGCGGACAAGGUGGAUACGUUUAUGAAGUCAUUGUGUCUCGAAUGCAUUAUAUUUCACUUCAAACAGAACAAGAGUUGCGAAUUGUUGGUCUUAGUGUACCAUUGGCGAAUGCUCGGGAUAUUGGAGAAUGGCUUGGGGCUAAGAAGCAUACGAUUUUCAACUUUAGCCCCCAUGUUCGACCGGUCCCAUUAGAGCUCCAUAUCCAAUCCUUCACGAUCCCACAUUUCCCAUCGCUCAUGCUUGCGAUGGCAAAACCUGCUUACUUAUCUAUCCUUCAACUCUCCCCCGACAAGCCUGCACUGAUAUUCGUGCCUAGCCGCAAGCAAGCCCGAUCAACUGCUGUAGAUCUCUUUACUGCCUGUGUCGCGAGCGAAAAUGAAGAUCGAUUCCUCCAUGCCGAUAUCGACGAGAUAUCGCCACUGCUGAACCGGAUUGAAGAAAAAGCAUUGGCUGAAUCAAUUUCUCACGGUAUUGGCUAUUACCACGAGGCACUGAGCACUAGCGAUAAACGAAUCGUUACACAUCUUUACAAGAUUGGUGCUCUUCAGGUGAUGCUUGCAUCUCGGGAUGUGUGCUGGGAGCUGGACCUUACUGCUCAUCUCGUUAUAGUAAUGGGGACACAAUUCUUUGAUGGACGUGAACACCGAUAUCUUGACUACCCUAUUAGCGAGAUACUUCAGAUGUUCGGAAAGGCUACGCGCCCUCGAGAAGAUAGAAUUGGAAAAGGAGUGCUAAUGGUCCCAGCUGUGAAGCGUGAAUACUACAAGAAGUUCCUUAACGAAGCGCUGCCCAUGGAGAGUCAUUUGCAGCUCUACCUUCAUGAUGCCUUUGUGACAGAGAUUAGUACAAAGACGAUUACCUCGACACAAGACGCCGUUGAUUGGAUGACAUACUCGUAUUUCUACAGGCGUCUCCUUGCCAAUCCCAGCUACUAUGGGUUGAGCGAUAUUAGCCAUGAAGGGCUAAGUACAUUCCUGUCGGAGCUCGUCGAGAACACACUAAAGGAGUUGGCCGAAGCUCAGAUCAUUGAGAUGGACGAGGAUGAAAAUAUUUCGCCCUUGAACGCUGCUAUGAUCGGUGCAUACUAUAACAUCUCCUUUAUCACCAUGCAGACUUUCCUUCUCUCGCUGACACCCAGGACUAAGCUCAAGGGUAUGCUUGAAAUUGUCACAUCGGCAACAGAAUUCGAGCCUAUCCAGGUACGACGUCAUGAAGAUUACAUUCUGCGCCGUGUCUAUGAUCGAGUACCUGUCAAGAUGUCAGACCCAGCCUUCGAUUCACCACACUUUAAAGCUUUUGUUCUUUUACAAGCACAUUUCUCACGUCUCCAAUUGCCGAUUGAUUUGGCGAAGGAUCAAGAAAUCAUUGUCAGCAAAGUUCUUACCCUACUUAGCGCCUGUGUCGACGUUCUGUCCUCCAAGGGCCAUCUGAAUGCUAUGAACGCCAUGGAAAUGUCACAGAUGGUUGUCCAGUCCAUGUGGGAUCGGGACAGCCCGUUGAUGCAGAUCCCUCACUUUGGCCCUAGCGCCAUUAAGGCUGCCAACGAGUUUAAGAUCCGGGAUAUCUUCGAGUUUAUGGAAGCCAUGGACCCAUCCGAGAAUAAGGACUACAACACCCUAGUAAAACGGCUCGGUCUUGAUAACAAACAGCUCGCCCAAGCAGCUGCCUUUACCAACAACAAGUACCCCAACCUGGACCUCGACUUUACCGUUCUCGACGAAGAGAAUAUUACUGCAGGGGAGCCGGCCUAUCUCAAGGUGAAGAUUGAACGAGAGCUGGAUGAAGACGAAGAGCCAGAUACCACGGUCUCUGCUCCAUUCUAUCCGUUGAAGAAGAUGGAGAAUUGGUGGCUUGUGGUCGGUGAGGAGAAGACGAACAGCUUACUCUCGCUUAAGAGGGUAACUGUAGGACGAAAACUGGAGAUGAAGCUAGAAUACGUCGUACCAAGCCCUGGAGAGCACGAGUUAACCCUCUAUCUCAUGAGUGAUAGUUACGCGGGAGUUGACCAGGAUCCGACCUUUAAGAUUACUGCAGCGGAGGGCAUGGAUGAAGACGAAGACGACGAAGAGGAAGAAGACGAAGAGUAG